AAUUUAAAUUAUCGUUUGGCAUACAUCCUCGGACACCGAUAAUACACGGCUAUUAAAAAGCUAUCGAAAACUGGUCAUCGAUAGUGCUUGUGACAAUCGUUCAGCAGAAAUCGGAAAAACGUGUGAAAAAGCAAUAGCAAGCAAGCAUGUCUGGACGCGAGGGCGGUAAGAAGAAGCCACUGAAGGCGCCGAAGAAGGACUCCAAAGACUUGGACGAAGAGGACAUGGCCUUCAAGCAGAAGCAGAAGGAGCAACAGAAGGCUCUGGACGCGGCAAAGGCAAAUGCCUCCAAGAAGGGCCCUCUCGUCGGCGGCGGGAUUAAGAAGUCGGGGAAGAAGUGAUGUUAUACCCACGCACCCCAUCUGUAUCCGCAUACCACUGGAUGCUGCAUUUUUAGCCGAAUCACAGCCAUGUGGACCAAAAUUCAUCGUCUAACCAGUUGGACUUCAAUUUUUUUAUACUUACGCUUACCAUUAAAUAGAGCAUUGUACGUUUGAAAAGAGA